UUUUACGCUUUUGAACGGAAUGUAAAAUAAUGCCAGCAAAACCAUUAAAAAAAAGGAAUUUUAUGUUUAUAUUACCUUUAUGCAUUUCGCAUCAUGAUUUGUGGGCAGCUUGUCAUUGGGCCACCAGGUUCUGGCAAGUCGACUUAUUGCAAUGCUGUAGCCAAUUUGCUCAGUGGCUCUGGGAGACGCAUCGCCUUGGUGAACUUGGACCCAGCCAAUGAAAUUCCUCCUUACAAAGCGGAUAUAGACAUCUCCCAACUUAUUGCAUUGGAAGACGUCAUGCGACUUAUUCAGUUAGGGCCCAAUGGAGGACUCAUUCACUGCAUGGAGUUUCUGGAGAAGAAAGUGGAUUGGCUGAUUCAGGAGAUGAAGAAAUUUAGCGACUGUUAUUUUAUUAUUGACUGUCCAGGCCAGGUAGAGUUAUAUACACAUCAUGACUCAAUGCAGAGCAUUGUAUCCACCCUACAAAAAAAUGGUAUAUCACUUUCGGCUGUCCACCUUGUCGACUCCCACUAUUGCUGUGAUCCAGGGAAAUUUGUUGCAGUUCUCUUGACUUCUUUGUCCACUAUGUUGAAAAUGGAAAUGCCACAUUUAAAUGUUCUCUCUAAGGCCGAUCUGAUUGAAAAGAACGGAAAACUACACUUCAACCUAGAUUUUUACACAGAAGUGUUGGAUCUCUCAGAGUUGGUGGAUUUGCUGUCGGAUGAUCCAUUCUUGUCUCGAUAUAAAAAACUAAACGCUGCGCUCAAGGACGUCAUUGAAAACUACAGUAUGGUAUCUUUCCAUGUAAUGACAAUUAAGAACAAAGAUAGCCUAAAAAAAGUGGUGCGUGCUGCAGAUAGGGCAAACGGAUAUGUGUUUGGAGUGAAUGAGGAAGACAGAAACAUACGGAGCAUGCUUUCUUGUGCCAUGGGAGGAGACUAUGAGAUUCCAAUGAGUACAGAAGAUAUAGGAAGGUGACAGAGUUCCAACUCUUCAUGAAAUAUAUGCGACAUCUGUAGGUGACCUAAUCCUAUUUCUGUGCGGGUUAAGUGAUUGUGACCUGACUGUAAGGAUAUUCUGGAACAUUAAAACUGAUGAAAAGAAAAAUAUGAAGAGACAAAAUGACACCUUAUUUUGUAAAGUAAUGUGCAGUGCAUUAAAAUUUCA